AGCCAUGGCGGCGGAGGGUGCCCAGAAGGAGCUGUGCGAGGAAGCCUCUUGCUCCGUCUGCCUGGCCUUCUUCAGGGAUCCCGUCAUGAUCCCCGAGUGCGGCCACACUUUCUGCCGGGCCUGCCUGACCCACAGCUGGGGGGCCUUGGAGGGGGCAGAGGCUUCCUGCCCCCAAUGCAGAGGACCGGCGAAGGAGGGAACCCUCCGGCCCAAUUAUCAGCUGGCAAACUUGGUGAAAAUAAUCCAGAAACUCAGCCCUUUAGAGGGGAGCGUCAAGAAGCGAAAGAGGGGGGUCUGCGAGCUGCACCAGGAGCCCCUGGAGCUUUUCUGCCAAGAGGACGAGGGCCUCCUCUGCCUGGUCUGCAGCAGAUCCCGGGAGCACAGAGAUCAUCGGGUGAUCCCUCUGGAGGAGGCCUCCCAAGAAAAGAGGAAUGAAUUCUGCAAUUGUCUGAAGAUUCUGAAGAAGAAGAGAGAAGAAAUUGUGACGUGUAAAGUGGACAUAGUGAAGGAAAGCCAAGACAUGAUGAAGCAAACCACAGAACAGAAACAAGAGACAGUUGCCAAGUUCAGGGAACUGCACACUUUUCUGGAGGGACAAGAGAAUCGUCUGCUGGCCCAGAUGGAAGAGGUGGAGGAGGUGAUGGCAAGAAAAAGGAACCAGCACCUGACUGAGCUCUCUGAGGUGCUCUCCUCUCUGGACAGCCUCACGCAGGAGAUGGAGGAGAAGUGUCAGCAGCCGGCCAGUGAACUCCUGCAGGGUGCCAGAAGCAUCUUGCAGAGGUUUGAAAAAAUGGAGCAAUUCAAGAAUCCCUUGCCUUUACUAUCUGCGCUGAAGUGGCAGCUCUGGGACCUCUCAAAUCUAAAUUGCUUUUGGGAGCGCUUCAUGAAGCAAGUAAAAGAUGCUAGGAAUUCUGAACUUCACCCACAGAAAGCAAAUGUGACUCUGGAUCCAAACACGGCCCAUCCCAGCCUCAUCCUGUCUGCAGAUCAGAAAAGUGUGACACAAGGAGAAGAAGCUCAAGAUCUGCCCAACAAUCCUGAGAGAUUUGACCAUUGUUGUGCUGUGUUGGGCCUGGAGGAAUUCACAGGAGGCCGCCAUUUCUGGGAUGUCCAUGUGGGAAGUGAGGAAGGAUGGGCUGUGGGGGUGGCCAGAAAGUCUGUGAAGAGGAAGGGAGUGGUUAUCUUUAGUCCUAAGGAAGGGAUCUGGUCUGUGGAGAAGUGGCGAGGGGGAGAAUACACAGUUUCCAUGAAAGGCAAUGAUUUUCCCCCUUCCCUGUUUGAGGAUCCGAAGAGGAUCCGAGUCUGUCUGAACUAUGAUGGGGGUCGAGUGUCUUUUUUCGAUGCUGACCGAGGAGCCCUCAUCUAUGAGUUCUCUGGAGCCUCCUUCUCUGGAGAGAUCCUCCUGCCCUUCUUUUAUGUUUAUAAAAAGGGCCACCUCAAACUCUUUUCAUGAGAUCUUCUCUUCACACCAGGGGCAUCAAUCAGAAAAUAUUGUUUCUCAGAAGCUCCCCUCCUUUAGUCCUGUCAAGGCCUCUCCAGGCUCCCAGCCACCAAAACUGACUGGAAUAAAAUUGGGAUAUGUCCCCCCCGCAUUCCCUAAUAUUCCCCUUUUUUCCUUUGUAUCUUAUCUGAAAAUAAGAGUAACAUAUUUCAUUUUAUAAGGAAUAAGAGGCUAGUUGUCAAGGAGAGCUCUCAAUAGACACCCCCUCAGCCUCCAUUCCUCUCAGGCACAAGAGGAACAACUGAAAAGAUCCCUCAGAGGAAAAUGAGGCCUUGCAAGUUUAAUAUUUUGGACUUUCUCUUUUCUUUGGUUUAUGGGGCACCACCUGUUAGGAUUUAUGGUUUAUGGGGCACCACCUGUUAGAAUUUGCUCUUUUCAGCAUCAUCUUCCUCAAGGGCUCAGAAGAUCCUUUCCUUGUCAAGGUUGCUACAUUCAUCACAGUUGUGUUUCAGACACCAGUAGCUGAAAAUAUGUUCUGCUUAUAAUAAAGUUGUGUUACCUUGAAAA